CCUCUAUGAUAUAAUAGUGCCAUUAGUCCCUCAGAAGUUCCCUCUCUUUCCUCAGGAAGCCAAUCGGAACCAGAACAAAGAUCCUUCCAUUUAGCUGCAUCUGCCAAGGCAAGGUCCGUGCUUCAUCUGAUAACAAAAUCCCCGCCAUUUGUGAUUUCCGAACAGUGCUCCGACCUGAACUUGCGUUUUAUCCAUUACAUGUCUGCAUGUUAUGAAUCUUUGAUCGCCCGUUAGGCUCCACAAGACAGUCCCCCUGCGCUUCUGCUCAGCCGUUUCCUAAAAGAACCAGAAGAAACCCCCAAUUCUUUCACUUUUACGUCUCAAAAAAUCCUCGUCUGUUUCGCCUGUUUCGAAACGUCAAUAUUUCGUUGCCCCUGCAGCCCUGUCGGCUAGCAUUCAGACAAUAAAUACCAAGGUGCCGGCCGUUGCAUGGCUACGACAAUUAGUGUCUAAUAGCCACUCGGGCAGCGACUAACGGGCACUUUUAAUUACACACUUAACUUUUUCUCUUAUCACACCGAGCGAGCAACGCCGGGCCGGCCUAGAUUUCUCUAUUGUCUAGGUGAACCCGCAAUCCCGGACCAUCGCCACUAAUCUUGUCCCCCUUAUUUUCUUCUUCUUCUGUCAUACAUAACCGCAGGACAAGAAGCGAACGAGCUCCGGCUCCAUCACAUUAUUCGACAAACCUCUAUCGAUUAGUCCAGCAUCAAAACCGACGCAAUGGCUUGGUCGAAAACCACCCGGAUCAGCAUAAUGCUGGCCAUCGAUAUCGUCUUCUUUCUCGUGGAGUUGAUAUCAGGUUUUAUGGUCCAUUCCUUGGCAUUGAUGGCAGACGCGUUCCACAUGCUGAACGAUAUCAUCUCGCUGAUUAUUGGUCUGUGGGCUGUGACUGUUGCUAAGAGAGAAACUACCAACAAAUUUUCUUACGGCUGGGUUCGCGCCGAAAUCCUCGGUGCUGCUUUCAACGCUGUUUUCCUAAUUGCCCUUUGCGUCUCCAUCAUUCUCGAAGCGUUAACUCGGUUCAUCGAGCCUCAGGAAGUCUCGAACCCGAAACUCAUUCUUAUCGUGGGCUGCUGCGGGUUGGCCUCGAAUCUAGUCGGGUUUUUGGUUCUGGGAGGACACGGGCACGAUCAUGGCGAACAUUCCCACGAUGACGAGCACGGACACGAACAUGUUCACAAGCACGAUAGCAUUAGAGCCGCUGAGGAGGGCAGAGUAACCGCUACCGAGGCAUUGUUAGACGAGAACGCUCCGGUGGGAGAUAUAUUGCCCGAAGUUGCGGUAGCAAGAGCCCGUGCUGCGAACGCCUCGCCAGAGACCGUUCGUCACAUCCAAUUUGAGCAACUAGGAAGGCCGGAUCUCCACGAACGCGCUAGUCAGAGCUCCGUUCCUAGGGGAAGAGAGCGUCGACGCGCAGGUAGCCUUAAGCAUAGCCGCCUAGCUAGUAUCGAUGACUUCAGCAUCCACCCGGCUAGCUUUAGACAGGAUAUCAUCGAACAUAGCCGAUCCAGCCGUAACGAGGAGACUGAUGAAAGUUCUAUUGACGAUGAUUAUACGGACUCUCCUGUUCGCGAGGAAUCAGCUAUUGACGAGACCACACCCCUAGUAGCGAACGAGCGUGUGGCAGAUAAGGCGUCCGCUCAGAAGGGUUACUCAGGCCGGUCGGGAAGUUCUCAUCGUAAUCACCGUGGCAGACGUGACUCGGGGACGCACUUGGACCACCAUCACAACAGGCCGACGUCCAAGUCGAGGAAGAAGGGACACGGUCAUGGCCACAACCACGCCGACAUGGGUAUGAACGCUAUGGUCCUCCAUGUCUUGGGUGAUGCUCUAGGAAACGUUGGUGUCAUUGCUACCGCUCUGAUUAUCUGGCUAACUGAUUGGUCGGGACGAUACUACGCUGAUCCGGCUGUGUCAUUAUUUAUUACCCUCAUCAUUCUCAAAUCGGCAAUUCCCUUGACGAAAGCGACAGCCCAGGUAUUGCUACAGGCUACGCCAGAUCACAUCGAUAUCCAGGACAUUAAAGAGGACAUCCAGGCUCUACCAGGCGUAAUUAGUUGCCACCAUGUCCACAUCUGGCAGCUUUCCGACACAAAGUUGAUCGCGUCGCUGCACAUACAGGUCGCGUUCCCAAUCACGAGUGAAGGGGGGGAGAAGUACAUGAAGCUCGCUAAACAAGCACGGAAAUGUCUCCAUGCCUAUGGCAUCCAUAGCGCCACUAUCCAACCCGAGUUCUGUCUAGAUCAAGACUGCGUUCCUAUCGACGACGGCUCUACGACGCUUGACGGACAAGCCUCCCCACGCUACCCACCCGAUAUGUGUCUUCUAGAAUGCGUAGAUGACUGCGUGGGCCAAAGUUGCUGUCCGCCACCUUCGCAGACUGCCUCUAAGGCAGGAUCGAGCCGCAGGUCUAGUCACUCGGCAUCUCACGAUCACGACGAGGAUAGCGAUCACGGACAUGGACAUCACCACCAGGGGUGAUUUGGCCGACAGAGAAAAGAAUUACUUGUAACUUUAGACGUUUAUUAUCAUUGGGCUGUCAUUAUGGUGUGAGAAUAGUAUGGUACUGCUCGGCUCUGGCUAGACAGACUACAUAGAUGAGCGUCUCUUGUGUUUUCUAGUACAUGUCUAAUAGUGCGCAGGCGUUUAAGGCGAAAAGGCAGAGCGAAAAGGCAGAGCGAGGGCGGUCAAUCAUAAUGUACAAAUCAGGCUCCGAAAUGCAUGUUUACUCAUAAUGCAAUGCAUUUCAUUUCUUGCGAUGCUCGAGCGGACGGUGACAGAGAUGUAGAUUUGGAUUGCUCGGAGGUACGGUCUAUACGAUGUGUACAUAGAGUCAUAAGUGUAUGUACAUGGUUUCUUCUAGGAUGAUUGUAUGGACUAGGUUAGGUAGAUACCUGGCUAUAUGCCUGCGAUAUUAAAGAUGAGGCUCGUGAGAUGAUUCAUCACAGAUGGAUAUCGGAUACUUUCCAUGGUAUCGUGUAGGGAGUUAUAUCCGACGUAGCAUUUCACGUGGACAUUUGAAACUCCGCGUUUGCUUCACUCACCCCCUUUGAAAUUUAAGCAUAGCGCACGGACGCUUACUUUAUUUUUUACCGAUUUGAAUUCGCC